GAUCAACACGAGAAGGAAGAUAUAGAGUGGAUCAAAAGGUUUCGUUCUUGUAACGCAACAGAAUCACAGAAGGGAUCAUAAGGAUAUUAGGGCAUCUGCAUCGGGCGUGCCUUGGGCCGUCCCUUCCUCUUUUUUGGGUCGAAAAUAAAUCAAAAUGAAAUUAAAAUGGGUGGGACGGGCCGUAAUUAAGGGACAAUCGGGCUCGUCCCGAAGGAGACGUGGCAAGCCCGUAUUGGACGAUGGAAACGACGAAGGGACGGUCGUUUCGGCUCAUUCCCAUUUCUGAAAUUGAAAUCGCAAAAUCCAAAAAGGAGAGCUCCAUGGCGACGAACUGAAGCAUCGAAUCGAAGAUCGAUCCUUUCCAAACGAAAGCGAGGACCUAUCUCCUCACUCCACCUGCGUCUUCUCUCUUCCACUGGAGUCUCCGUCGGCGUGUGUUUGCCAAUCGAAAGGUCGCAGCUUCCAAUCGAGAGGUCGCAGCUUCGAAAUCUCAAUCAACUUCCGUUCGAUUCCGGUCCUGUACGCAAGCUUCUUUCCUCUCCAAAUCCUCUGCGAAUCGUCCCAAUCUCGUCAAGGUACGGUCUUCAACUCGUAGAUGAAAUGGUUAGAAUCUAGGGUUUGGAAUAGAAAAAAGCUUAUUGAUUUACAUGGUUUGUAUCUUUGUAGGCUGAGAGAGUGUUUUCUUUAGAUUGAUUGCUAUUUUUACAGGCUCCGUUAAAAACUUUUGUGGUUAGAUCCUUUAAGAAAAUAGGUUGAGUGAUUGCUAUUUUUACAGUUUGAUAUUAACGAAAUAGUUUGUGUCUCUUUGGUAGUUGGAUUAGAUCGUGCUCGUUUUGUUUUGUGCUGUAGUUUAGUUUUCUUUCUGCUAUCGCCUGUGUCUCUUUGGUCGUAAUUCUUUUUGUCUUGCCAUAGUUUGUGUCUCUUUGGUCGUAAUUCUUUUUGCCUUGCCAUAGUUAUGUUUCUGCUAUCAUAUAUCUGCCUUGCCUGAGUUUGUAAUAGUUUGAGUCUUCUUUUUGUGAAACUUAAAGACACUUGCGUGCAUUUGAUAGACACAAGUUGAUCGCAAUAAACUAGGAUUAUUAAUUAUGAUGUUGUUAGGAAUUACUGCUUAGUUACAACUAGUCUAGUUUGUUUGAAACCAAAUCUCAUUAUAUUAAUGAUGUAGUUAGGAAUGUUAGAUAGCUUUUCUCUUCGGUAAUAAGUUUGGAUUAGACAGUUCUUGUUCGGAGUUAGCCAUUUAUUUGUGUUUGUACUUUGUAGUCUUCACUUCCUCCUAUAAAAUCAAUUAUCUCUUCUCACUUCUAUCAUCUCACUCGCUUUUCUCAAAUACAUCUCUUCUCUUUUCUCUAAUAUAUCUGUUGUCUUUCUCGAAUAAAUCUCCUCUCUUUUCUUACUGCUAUGGAUCCAAAUAAUAUUCAUAGUCAGAGCUCUAGUUUAUUAGGACUGCUUCAGAGUCAACAAGGAAGCAUUUACCAUGGUGGUAUUAACUUUGGAGAUUCUCAACCUCUCCCGUCAUUCAGUACACAACCAUCUCAAGUACCACCAGUGGCCCGUGGUGUUAGACGCAAAUGGGACCCGGCUGAUGACGAGGUGUUGAUCAGUGCGUGGCUCAACACCUCUAAAGAUGCAAUGCAGAGAGUGAAUACUCCGAGACGGAGGACCUAAUCCGACGUGAUCAAGCUGAGCUAAGCUUAGAACGUCGUUCAGCCGUCAUAUACCCUCCACAACCGGAGGUGGAGUUCGGGUUCCCGCAGGUUUGCUACUGUGGUUCUCCGCCACAGCUUGUAGCGUCUAGAAGUAUUAAUGGUGAAGGUCGCUUAGUAUAUACUUGUGCGAAUAAAGACGACGGAGAGUGCCAUGUAUGGAAAUGGUGGGACGUGGCGGUGAUGGAGGAGAUGAGAGCCAGAGAUAGACAUGUCCUCCAGCUGGAGCAAAAGGUAGAUAACCUGUCUCUUUUGAGUGACUAUGAUAAGUUAUCUUCCUUCUGUGAUAAUGCUAAGGAGAAAUCUGUUUGUAGUGAUGGGUUUGAGUAUGUUGUGUGUGCUAUGGUCGUUGUACUCAUUUUAAUAGGGUUGGGGAUUAUGUUUGUGUAAUGGUUUAGGGCGGGUUGGGGAUUAUGUUUGUGUAUGGUCGUUGUACUCAUUGUAAUCAUUUUCAGACAUUGAAAACUUGUGUAUCAAGUUUGGACCGUCAAACAUGAUCAUUGAACUUGUACUCGGAUGUAUGUUUUAUAUCUACAUGUAUGUUUGCUAUUUUCUAAUAUGUCGGCAAUGUAUGUUUUUUUUUUACCUUAAAAUCACAUGUAUGUGAACUAUCUACCUAAAAACCACAUGUAUCUUUUCUAUCUACCUAAAAAUCACAUGUAUCUUUUCUAUCUACCUAAAAAUCACAUGUAUCUUUACUCUCUACCUAAAAACCAUACCUAAAAAUCACAUGUGAGGAUCCUAAACUACCAAGGUCUAUAAAUAAAAGACUUAUUUUGAUUAGGAAAAAUGCAAAGCAUUCUCUUCUCUUUAAUUUACAUAGAAUUUACUCUCUUGGGAAAAUUUAUCAAUGGCUUCCUCCUCUCAUUUUCAUUACCACCAAGACGAUCACCAACCUGAUAAUGAUGAUAUAUUCGAAGACUUAUUUGAAGACAUUGACGAUUUAGUAGAAGAAAAUGAGCGUGUACCACGUAAUUUUAUCGACAGACAUCGGGAGGAAGGUCAAGAUAUGCUAUGGAAUGAUUAUUUUAGCGAGACUCCAACCUACCCGCACAAUGUCUUCCGGCGACGGUUUCGAAUGAACCGGACAUUAUUCAUGCGUAUUGUGCAGCGUCUCUCCACAGAAGUACGGUAUUUUCAAGAAAGAGUUGACGCAACCGGGCGGUCUAGUCUUACUGCACUCCAAAAAUGUACCGCAGCCAUUCGUCAAUUGGCUUAUGGUGUUGGAGCUGAUGCAGUGGACGAAUAUGUCCGAAUGGGUGAAACAACUGCUCGAGGAUGUUUGCACAAUUUUGCCGCCGGAAUUAUCCGCUUGUUUGGCAAUGAAUACCUAAGACGUCCCACACCGGAAGAUCUGCAAAGACUACUAUACUUUGGGGAGCAACGUGGGUUCCCAGGGAUGAUUGGAAGCAUCGACUGUAUGCAUUGGGAGUGGAAGAAUUGCCCCACUGCUUGGAAAGGAAUGUAUUCACGAGGAACCGGAAAACCAACGAUUGUCUUAGAGGCGGUGGCAUCAUAUGACCUCUGGAUAUGGCACUCCUUUUUUGGAGCUCCAGGUACUAUGAACGAUCUUAAUAUUCUCGAUCGAUCACCCGUUUUUGAUGAGGUAAUUACCGGAAUAGCACCACAAGUUAACUUCUAUGUUAACAAUCAUCCGUACAAUUUGGCUUAUUAUCUCACGGAUGGUAUUUAUCCAAAAUGGGCUACAUUUAUUCAAUCUAUCCGACUACCACAAACUCAGAAGCAUUCUGUAUUUGCUCAAACCCAAGAAAGUGUGCGAAAAGAUGUCGAGCGUGCAUUCGGAGUCCUACAAGCUCGGUUUGCCAUUGUUAGAAAUCCAUCUAACAUAUGGGAUAAACGAAAAAUAGGUAAUAUUAUGAGAGCUUGUGUCAUACUUCAUAAUAUGAUUGUCGAGGAUGAACGAUCGUCAAGAACUCAGUACAACAUUGCUGAAUUUCGAGAAAGAGAAGAAGCGGAUACCUUUACCGUCAAUAAUCCGUCACCUCUCGGCACUCCACUUGAACGUCGGACGAACCUUCAGAAUCGAGAAACCCAUCAACGUUUAAAAAAUGAUUUGAUUGAAAAUAUAUGGAAUAAAUUUGGACAUCUUCCAAAUAACAUAUAGUUUCUAAGUUUAUAUUUGUAUUGGAAUAAAUGUUUGUUUGUUUUUUU